GCAGACAAUGCUAGAGAUGGAGCGAUACCUGAAAGACGAGCCUAAGAUCAGGUCUUUAGAUCAGUUUCCUUCAGAUCCGUGGGAUAUGUUUUCGAAGCCAUUGAUGACCGGAAACCGGAGAAACGAAAUGAUUAUAACAGACAUAGAGAACAAGUCGGACACGGAAGACGAGAAGUCAUCGUCACUGACUUUGUGCGGAACCGACAGUUGCGGCGAAGACCGGAUGAGUGUCUCAGAUCUGGAUCUGAACGAAAAGAACUCGGACUCGGGAUUGAGUUCGAGUGGCAGUAGUGUGAUCUCGUGGGACAGUUGCGACGCCCAGACUCUGGCCGCGAUUGUGUCCACGACUUUCAAACAACAGAUUAAAACAAGUAAUAAACGAAAUAAGAGUUCUUCUCCGCGAAGAACUAUAGCCAAGAUCUCGUCGGAGUCUAAAAGCAAUUGUUCUUCAGUUCAUCUGCAAAACAGUCACACAAGUCAUCAUCAGUUGAAUCACUCGCAUCUGAUUCGCAAGCAUCACAAUGAAGACGACGACUCGACCUCUACUCUAACGCCUCCGUCCUCUCCAGAAACCCAAUUGAAAGUGAAUUUGAUUGACAGGACUGUAGAGCAGCACCACAUCAGCGAAGGUGCCACCGUUCCCCUCACGAUUGUCACCACAGAUGCCAUACCUUUGAGCGACACCUCAUUCAUUGACGAGUCGGUCGACCCAUCAGUCAUCGCAAUAGAGGGAUCACCCAAAACGGACACCAGUUCUGUCUCGCCUUCAAAUGUCUCGCAAUGUAGUUCCCGAUCCAGAGGUCGCUUUGAGAUCAACCCCGACUCCAAACGACGUAUUCAUAAAUGUCAGUUCAAUGGAUGCAAAAAAGUUUACACCAAAUCAUCACAUCUUAAGGCCCAUCAAAGAACGCACACCGGAGAGAAGCCCUACAAGUGCUCGUGGGAGGGAUGCGAAUGGCGUUUCGCCAGAUCUGAUGAACUGACCCGUCAUUUCCGAAAGCAUACGGGAAGCAAACCAUUCAAAUGCAGUCAUUGUGAGCGCUGUUUCUCCCGUUCCGACCAUUUGGCUCUUCAUAUGAAGCGUCACCAGUGAUGGACAGCCAGUGAUGGACAGCCAGUGAUGGACUGCCAGUGAUUGCAGUGAUUGCAGUGUUUGUGCCAAUUCUGCACACAUUCGCAUACAUUAUAACCAAAAGCUCUGUUUUAGUCAUCAUUGAGUUCAUCGCAACGAUCGCCCCAUCGGUGUCUUGUCUGCCAAACAAUGAUCACAAUUAUAUCCAAUGAAACCAUUGGUUAUCAAAAGAAUUAGUAAACAUUUUCAUCAAAUCUAUUCAAAUGUCGGACUGGUUUGCGAGCAAUUGAGUGAAAUUCAAUUCAAGUAAUCAAUUAGUUAUCGUCAAAAUGACUCAAUCGAUAGAUAGAGUAAAAUUUGUAAAGAAAGGAUUCAUUAAUUAAUUAAUGUGUUUAUAAAACAAAGAGAUAUUUAAGUUAAUUAUGUGUUGAAUAUUAUAUUGAUUUCAUAAUUACUGGAAUCAAAGCAAAUAUUAAUAUAAGAGACAAAAACUCAUUGUUAGUCACCAUUCAGUGAAGGAACGGCUCAUCUCUGGGUCAGUACUACUGUCCAGCAAUUGAAGAUCAUUGACGGCAAUGGGCUAUAAGUGCUACCUAUCUAUCGGUGCGUCUAUGAGUGACUAAACUGUGAUUUGAUGUACAGAGAAAUCAAAAAUACAUGAAAAUACGGGAACAGAGUUGAGAGAAACGGUUGGAAAACGGCAUUUAUUCAUCACAUUUGCAUUUAUUCACUAAAUAUUGCAUUAAUUUGAUUGUAUGUAACCAUAAGUUGUGAACAGAAUAUUACACUAUUUGUAAAACACGAGUUAUAGUCAACUACUGUAUAACCAGUCAAAUGAAAUUCACGUCAAUUACUAUCUUCUUCUGUGACAUCUGUACUGCAAAUUGUCUGCAAUUAUUCGCUUAACUCUAUAAUCUCUGCUAAAAUUUCAACGCUUUCUUAGAUUUACUCAAGAAAUGUUUGAAAACAACAAUAUUCACACAAUUCUUACAAUUUUUCAAUAAAUCAAACACAGUAUUUGAGUCGUCAAUCAAAUCAAACAGCAAAUACAACACUAUAACUACAGUACAUAACAUAGCCUUACAGUUAAAACACAACAUUUAUCUAACAUUUCUGUCUUUAUUUCAUUUCAAUGUCUAAUUCUGUCGAC